AUGGAUCAGCGAUUGAGUGCAAUCUCUGACCUGGGAAAGAUAUGGGUGACCGAGGCACAUGUUCUUUCGAUGUACUCGAUGGUCGAGCAUGGCCCAAAAAUUCAGUCCCAUGCUACCGGAUUAGAGCUAGCAAUGCUGUCCGGUACAAAUUCUAUCCAAUUCCAGGAUCAUAUCGGCCUACAGACAGAACUUGCUGAAGAGACUAUCGCGACCGCAGGGAUGGAGGCAUUAGUCGUGGAAGGAUUAGAACACAUUAAGAUGUUGUACACAUUCAGGAGUGUGGGACGCGCAGUGCCAGUGGUAAAUAAUUUGAGUAUAGAGAAUAAGUACAAGUUGGACCUGGAGACGUUUCAAGUGCUGACUCCACAAAUCGAGAAGAUCAAACGCUUUAUGGAAUUUCAGGAGAGAUGCAUCGCAAUGCUUUUGCAAAGCAUGCAGGACCUUGCGAUCAAACAGGUCCGCGGGAAUAAUACUGACCGCCACUACAAUGCAAUUACAAAGUUAAUGGAUCUACUUCAAAAAUUAGACAACCUCAAAGACAUUAAAGCCUCACUGACAACUGAUUUCUCUCGUUACAACCGUGUGUUGCAAGUAUUGCGAAUGGACUUGCCUAAUGGAGAUAGUCUUGCCCGGGAGAAGCACAAACUGCAACUAUUUUUAUCUAACUUCAAAUAUUCAAACUCGCUUAUCCUUAAUAAUUUAAGAGACGCCUUGAAGCGAAUUCCCAAUCAUGAACUCGUGCUGAUAGAUAUUCUUCAACAAAAUGUCGAGUUUAUCGAGAAUGGCCGCUAUGUGCUUCUAGACGAGAAGUACCGGUUAGUACGGUCAUUGCCGCGGCUUAUGCUGCUAAUUGAUGGGGACCUGGGUGAUAGCGUAAAAAGUGUGAACGUAUUUAAGGACAGGCGUAUAAGUCUCACUCCGCUCCAGUCUAUUUUUAGAGCCUAUCCAGUUGUUCCAGAGUGUGGGGACAUGUCGAUGACCAUGCUUAUUAUCCUUCAGCGAUCCCCCCAUUGGGAUGCUAGUAUGGAGAUAAGUUGGGGCGGCAACGCUGACCGGAGAAUUGUCGCUCAUUACUCACUACCGUCUCAGUGGAGCAGAAUCAAGUUGCAGCACCAAGAAUAUAUGCCGUACUUGGCGCAAACACUAACUGAGGUAGCAACUUAUCUCUUCAAGAAAGACACUGCCACUGCAAAAUAUGCAGCCUUUGUGUCGAAGAUGGUAUUCGAUGGCUUUAAGCUGUUGCAGUCCUGGACCUGUGCCGUGCUCGAGUCCUACCAUUGGAAGCUAACACAUCCCUGCGCCGCAGCUAUCAUUACUAAGUUAGAUAAGCAAUCAGAUCACCCCUAUGAGCUUGCAAUUCGAUACAACUAUUCUCCACGGGAACUUGGGGUUCUUGUGGACAUAAUCUCGAUGAUCAAAUCGCUGACCUCAAUGCUGACUCAAGCGGAGGCUCAUGUCGCCCCCUACAUCCGACUUCAUAUCCACCACAAAAUACAGCAAUUUUCAGCAGGAGGGCUAGUACCUCCGUUGCAUCGUGCGCAUAAGCGAAAACGCGCAAUAAUCAAUCCCCUUCUAAAACUACGACGCUUAGUCAGCGACUGGCCCAAAAAUAUUGAGCCAAUCACGGACUAUAUAUAUUACUCCAGACAGGAUGGCAGAGUUGAACCUACACACACAGCCCGUGUUGUUGGUCCAACAUUUACACAGCUUCGACUUUUGCGGACCAUGGUGCGCGCCAUGUAUGAUCCGAGAAAUCAGCUCCGUGUUCAAUUUUUUUCCAAGAAGGACUUAGAGAAAGAAGAUUUGCAGCUUAUGGAUUAUUUCUACUGCGAGUCAUUGUGCUUUCAAUAUUUACUCAACUAUACAGGCACCUUAACCUCAAACUCCGACCUGGGCGACCUUUGGUAUCGGGAGUUUUACCUUGAACUAUCUGGGGAGGUACAAUUUGCAAUUGAACUUUCACUUGCAUGGAUUCUCGCGGAGCAUGUAAUUACAGACCAGCACAAGUCGAUGCCUCUGGUUGAAAAUAUCUUGUAUACACUAGACACCUACAAUGACGCAGCUCACCGGAGCAUAAGUGUUCUUUCCCAGCGCUUCCUGUACGAUGAGAUAGAGGCAGAAGUUAAUUUAAUCUUCGACCAAAUUGUCUUUCUGGUGUCCGACCAUGUGUACUCCUAUUACACAAAAAUGGUGGGAUUGAGGCACGUUGAUGCACCACACCACGAACGUUUGCAUCCAACUCUAAAGUGCGCUGAUGUGCCUGCUGCUCAGAGGUAUCACGUGCCAAUAUCACAGCGAAAUACUCACGUCCUUGGCCGGAUUAUUGACCUUAACUUUUUAAUCGCGCAUCACGUCAACGGGAAGUUUUAUGAUGACCUUGACUACUGUGCGAAGAAACUUGAAGCAAGUGAUUUAUCUCAAGUGUUGGACUACCAAAAAGCCAUUCGUGUCGUGCGUGAGACCCACGAAUUACUCGACGAGCAUCUUGAACUAGAUCCAUUCGUUAAAAUCAUUACCACAGUAGAUGAAGCUGUGGGACCAACAGCGUUUGCAGGAAGAGCCUUAAUGCAUAUUCUCGCAUGCCUGGUGACUGACGUCUUCCCAAAUUACUCUUACAAUGGGUUUACAAGAAGAUUUGUGAUAUCAUCACUUGCGGAUAUUCCCCGACGUAGACACCCAAACCCCAGCUAUGAUCAUUCCACCUUUUGCGCCCCACCCAAGCACGUCUGCGAAAAUGCAACUAAGCUUCAUAGGAGCUUCAUAGGAAUGGUUCAUAUUGAGGCAAUUAUAUGCACUCUCGGGGUUGUUGGGAUACCCUUACUUACAAAAAGUCUAUUGCAAUUCGUCAAAGAACAACUCGAGAAUACCCUUACUUAUCUUUACGCAAUUAUCAAAGGAUUUCCGCCAUGGAACUAUAACAUGAUGUAUGGACCCACCACUUGCUUCAGACACUUAGAGGCAGUACUACAAAAUUUCGUUCAUGCGGGUGUGGACUUGAGACCUGAAGUUUUUCAGGCUUUUAAGGAGGUCGGUAAUACAAUUUGCUUCAUCAUGGAUCUCUCGAAUGUGCUGGAUUGGCUAAGUUUGCGUGGGCAAUUAUGUGCACUUCGGUUUACCACUUUCAAGUUUCCCACCAAAACUACUCUCAACUCCACACUGGACUCGACUCAGCAAUUUUACGCUUCAUUGGGCCAGCUCUCCUGUGGAGCUCUCGCUCAUCUUGGUGAGCUAACUAAGUCACUUCAAACGGCGCAUAUCCUUGAAAGCCACAUUUUUGAUUUGAAUGCCACGCGCAACUUUUACCAUAUUUGGUCUUUACUCUCGCUCUCUUUUGGACUUUCUGGGCAUGAAGAGAAUCAUAACCUGGUAUCUGACGAUGAACAGUUCGGCCACGGAUUUUUUGUUGCGGGCGCUGUGCUCAUACAUUUCCUUGGACAGGUCGAACUAUUCUAUGCAUGUGAUUUCUCUAGCCAAUUAAGUAGGAUCAAAGCUCUAGAAGUUUCUUCUCCCUUGCAAAUCACCCAGGGGGCUUUCUCAACCGUCCAGUUUGUCAAAACAAAGUCGAAUCAUGCAAAGGUUUACAACAUGUUUUUUUCCCUAUUGAGGGUCCAUGCGAUCGAGACAACUCAUGAUCACGAUCUGCAUUUUCUGCCUCCGACUUCUCAUGAUUUAUUAUGCGGGGUAUCCAACGUCCACAUAAGGCCAACGCCUACAACCUAA